AUGGACGACUUCUACGACGAGGACGGCGAGCAGCUCAUGGACCCGGACGCCCGCUCCCCCUCGCCCGAGCGCGGGGCGCAGCCCUACGACGGCCUCGAGGACGACCUCGACGACGAUGGCGCCGACUGGAACCGCGACCGCUCCCCGACCCCCGUGCACGGCGGCGGCGGCGACGACGGGUCCUCCUCCAGGCCCCGGAAGCGCCUCCUCAAGAAGGGCGGGGGCGGGAAGGGCGACGGCGGGGGCAUGCCCGCCGACGACCUGGAGGACUGGGGCGAGGACGCGGCCGCGGGGCUGGCCGACGACGACGUGGGCGGGGACCCGGACGCCGACAGGAAGAGGAAGGGGUCCUCGAGCCUCAGGGACCUCGCGAGGGGGGGCGGCAAGGACAAGCAUGAGAAGAAGAGGAGGAAGGAGGACGUGGGCAUGGUGAGGGAGAAGAGGGGCUCGUCUUCCGGCGGCAAGGGCUCUGGCGGCGGCGGACGUGGGGGUGGGGACAGGGGCGAGGAUCAGGAUGAAGAGGGGGAGAAGGAGAUCCAGGAGCUCUGGAAUACCAUCGCCGGGGAUGGCUCAGAGGAUGACGAAGAAGGUGUUAGAACCUUAGAUGAUGAUAAUUUCAUCGAUGAUACUGGGGUUGACCCAGCUGACCGUUAUGACAAUGAUAAUGAUGGCCACUCUCCUCGACGUUUUGCACAGGCAGAGGAAGCUGAAGAGGACGACGAAAUUGAGCGGCUCUUUAAGGGUGGUAAGAAAAAGAAGAAGAAUGACCGACCACGUGCAGAUAUUGGUCUUAUAGUUGAACAGUUCAUUGCUGAGUUUGAAGUAGCCUCUGAAGAAGAUGCCAACCUAAAUAGGCAACAUAAACCAGCCAUUAACAAACUCAUGAAGCUUCCGCUCCUCAUAGAAGUUCUCUCAAAGAAGAAUCUCCAGCAGGAAUUCCUUGAUCAUGGAAUACUCACUCUUCUGAAGAACUGGCUUGAGCCUCUACCUGAUGGGAGCAUGCCCAAUAUGAAUAUUCGAUCUGCUGUACUGAAGUUACUAUCUGAUUUCCCAAUUGAUCUUGAGCAAUUCGACAGAAGAGAGCAGCUCAAGAAAAGUGGCUUGGGAAAGGUUAUUAUGUUUUUGUCAAAAUCUGACGAGGAGACUACUUCCAACAGAAAAUUAGCCAAGGAACUGGUUGAUAAAUGGAGUCGACCAAUAUUCCAAAAGAGCACAAGAUUUGAGGAUAUGAGGGCAUAUGAUGGUGAAAGAGCUCCUUACAGGAGGCCUCAGAUGAAGAAGCCUUCAUCAAGUAGUUCUGGAAUGGAAUCCAGAGACGAUGAUCUUGAUGCUGACUUCUCUCAGCGCAAGUCCGGGCAAAGUGGUUCUAGGCAGCAUGCUUCUAGGCCAGAAGCAUCACCUUUGGACUUUGUCAUCCGUCCACAGUCCAAAAUUGACCCCGAGCAGAUACGGGCUCGUGCUAAGCAACAAGUUCAAGACCAGCGCCGGCUGAAGAUGAACAAGAAACUGCAGCAGCUGAAAGCGCCGAAGAAGAAAAACCUCCAGGCUUCAAAGCUUAGUGUUGAAGGCCGUGGGAUGGUCAAGUACUUGUAA